GACGAGAUAGACGUAAAGCAAGUUGUAUUUCAUUGAAUUUAUAUUUGGCCGAGUUUAGUAAUAGUCGUCGAAGUCGAACGGCGAUAUUGUGAAAUGUUAGGAAAAGUGAAUGCUGAAGAAAACUAUAUAUUUAUUAUCGUUUAAUUGAUUUGGUACGAAUACGUUUUAAGGUACAACAGUGAAAGUAGUAGUUUUAUUUUAGUUGUUUACAAAGAUGACUUCGCCGUAUCAUGACUAUUAUGACGGCAGUAAACUAUUUGCGGGAUUCGCCAGUAAAAUUGGAAUGCCGUUGGAUCUCGUUAAUUUUUUGAUCGCACAAAUAGCUGCACUAUGCCUGGCCAGACUGUUUCGGAAACCAUUGAGGCUUGCUUCGCCAGAAUUUCGUCAUUCAGUGUGCCUUACUAUAGGUCUGAUAAUGGGAUAUUUUUGCUUUGGGAAGCAAUCAAUACAUUUAUCGGUUCUGGCUAUGCUAAGUUACUCAUUGUUGAAGACAAUGCCACAUCAUCUCGUUGGAAAUGCUGUUCUGGCGGCGUCGAUAUUCUAUCUGUCAUGUAUACACUUACAUCGACAGAUAUACCAUUCGGAUGACUACGCACUGGACAUAACAGGUCCCUUAAUGGUGAUAACGCAGAGAGUGACUUCCCUGGCCUACACGCUACAAGACAAUCUAAGCCAGAAGGAGAUCAACUCCAACACGAAAGUUCCCGAAUCGUCUCUCGUGCACAGAAUCGACAAGAUUCCGUCUCCUCUCGAGUACUUCGCCUUCACACUCGCGUUUCAAACGCUCAUGUGUGGACCGGUAGUGUUCUAUACCGAUUAUAUCAACUUUAUAGAAGGCGCUAGAAUUGACGAGAAACAAAGCAAGUCCGCAAAUGAACCAUCGCCACGGAGGGCGGUGAUGUACAAGUUAAUGGGCUCCAUCGCGGCUGCUCUCUUGUACUUGACUUUGGCGAAGAAAUACCCAUUAACAGUGCUCGAAGAGCUAACAGACCCCACAUCAGAAGUGUCCCGGUCCUGGUCAGCUUUGUACCUCCUCUGGUACGCGUACCUCUCGACGCUCGUUGUACGAUGCAAGUACUACCACGCGUGGCUGCUAUCAGAGGCCAUCUGUAACAACUGCGGAAUGGGAUUCAACGGCUAUGAGAGCGACGGCACGCCCAAGUGGGACAAGAUGUCUAACGUCGACGUGUUUGGAUUUGAGUUCGCCCAAAACUUCCGCACGGCCAUUGCCAGCUGGAACAAGAACACGAAUGCGUGGCUGCGCUGCGUGGCGUACUCUCGCGGCGGCGCGGCGUGGCGCACGGCGCGCGUGUACGCGCUCUCCGCCGUGUGGCACGGCUUCCACCCCGGCUACUACCUGACCUUCCUCGCGGGCGGCGUGUUCACCGUGGCCGCUAGAAAGGUUCGAUCCGUGGCGCGCCCGUUGUUCCUCGACAGCCGGCCGAAGAAGCUGUUCUACGAUUUUGUAACGUUUAUGACGACGCGCAUAGCGAUGACGUACGCCACCGUGCCGUUCGUGCUUCUGCACCUGGCGCCGAGUUUGGCGUUCUAUGGGAAACUGUAUUAUUCCCUGCAUUUCAUUGCUCUCGGCGCAAUGCUCAUCCCCGAACGACGGUCACGCGCUUCCCCGGCCAACUCCGACAUCUCAUGCAAAUCUUCCGUCGCCAGCAAGGAACCACACGAACCUAACGGAGAUACAAAUGGUAACCUAAAAAUAAAUUAAACGUACAAUAAUGGUGUCUAUUUUUAUAAAGGUGAUGAGUGAAAAUCUAAAUUGUAAAGAGUCUCAUAAUAUUACGACUGUCGACAUAGCUUCCAAUUUAUAAAAGUUGCUCUUAAUUACGGAUUUUAUUUUUAUUUAUUACUUUAGGUAAGCGAAAUAUGUCAUUUGCGUUCUAGCACGCGACUUCAUACUUGAAAUCGUGCUAGUUAUAUGAAGUCACGCCUGAGAACGCAAUGCGAGCUAGCCACUCUAGAGUAUGAGAAACCGUAUUACAGUAUCAUUGUAAUGUAGUACUCGUUUCACUUACUUAACUUUAAAUUAAUUUGUUUCAAAAAGUUACAUAAGACGAUUGUGCGAAAUUUAUACAAAAGGUACCUACCUACAUUAUCUACCUAAUCUUCCGUUGUUAGAAUAUUUUUGAUACUAAUAUUUUUUGGGCAUAGGAACACUUCUAGGGUAAAAAUAAAAGUUUGUAGAACUUCUUCAUAUUAACUGGACAAAAAAUUUGCUUUAUUUUUAUCUUUUAGUUAUAUAUGUAUUUAUUGAAAGUAGGUAUAUUAAGAAGUAAAUUCUGACUCAAAUAUUGCAUUUAUUAUUUUUAUUAUCAAACGUAUAGUUUUGCUUUCAUUGUAUUCUCUUAAAAUUUGGAAAUAAAAUGAUUUAAUACCUGCAUAAUGCACAGUGUUUAGAUAUUACAUAUAAUUUGCUAAUGAAAUGGUCGAUUACAGUUUUUUUUGUUGGUCAGUUUCCUUGUUUAACUAUAGGUAAAAGGCGUUUUAACUAAAGUAGAGCCAGCAAGAUUAUAUCUGUUUUUACUUUUAACUUGCUUAGACGUUUUUAAGAUAAUGCCGGCACUGAACUCUUCCUAAGGCAUUUUUACUCUGACUUGUUCAAAACCUAAUUAACCACAAUUAUUAGUCAAAACGAGAGUCAAGAGUAUGAAGUUUUGUCUCGACUCUCGCCAUACUUUUUUUCAGUGUUUUUAUUUUCCAUGUUUUCUUGUAAAUAUCCUGUCCUCAUAAUAUCCUAAGGUUUUUACUCUUGCCCGCCUUGCACAAAGCAAUAUUUGAACUUUGAGCGUGAUUUUCAAAUUACUCUAAAAAAAAUUACAGAUCUAACUGUAAUUAUAAAUCUUGUUGGCUAUACUUACACAAUACUCGACCGGCCAAACAGUAUUAUGUUUAUUUAUCUACGAAUCUACAAAACCAUUCAUUAGACUGUAUUCCUAGAGUAAUAAAAGUAAACAAAUGGUUGCUAAAUUGUUAUUAAUAUGCAUGUUGAUAUUUUAUACAACAUUUAUUGUAAGUUUUAAUUUAACAAGUAAAUUUAAGGCUUUUGUUAUAUUUUUAAUUCAUACCUGUCAGGGAAUAUUUAAUUAAUAUACAACUAAAUUUAAAAUUGCCUACUAAAAAUUACUAACAAAUCCAAUUAAUUAAUUUGACCACAGUCGGCAUAAUAUUGCUUCCAAUUUUAUCACUUAUUUAUGUGGAUAAAGCAUCCGUCACGCUUUGGCAAGUAUGUCAGUGUGAGAGUGACAGAUGUCAUAUCCACGUGGAUAAGUGAUACAAUUGGAAGCAUAAUACGCCGGCUGGUGACUAACUUGUUUUAUAUUAUAAUGUAGUAGCAUCAGCAUAUCGUUUCGCCAGAUAGGUAAAAUUUUCGUAAAGUUAACCACUGUGUUACUUAGUAAUCUCUUAGUUAAUUUGACUAAAUUCUAAAAUAUGACUAAUUACUGUACCUAUUUAUGUUAGCCCAGAAUGCUUUCUAUAUGAAUAAAAAAAUGUGAAUUGUAUUGUGUGAAUGUCGUGUCUGAAUAUAUACAGAAAUAUAUCCAUUUUAUCAAUACGUACAGAGGGUUGUGUAAUUUUUACUGCAUAGAUAUAUGAUAGGUACAUAUAAAUUUAUAUUUGAAUAACAGAAAAGGUAAUUUUUGGGUUUAUACCAGGUUUGCAUCUCUAGUAAUGUAUGCGGUUAUAAGCAUUUAAGUUUUGAUCUGCGACUCUGCCUGGUUCCAUUUUUAAGGGAUGUAUACCACUAAUACCACUAUCAGUAUGUAUUUCUUAUAAAUAGUUAAACCAGUAUUGUAUAGGGGCCAACUGUUAUUAUAAUUCCAAUAAACAAUUAUUUACUAGAUUUUAUAUCUUCCACAUCUACUGGAUUAUAAACAUGAUUAAUGUAAACGUCUGCAAUACGGGUUUCACUUUCAGUAUUUUAUUAUCAGUUUCAAAUCAAUCUUAUGUUUUCAUACCUUAUAUUGGUCUAAGGCUUAAUUUUAAAAGAUUAUCUAUUAGACGAUAAAUAAGGCACAUAUUAUAUGAUGACACAAAUUAGAAAUUAAAAUGUGAACCAAAUAUUGUUACCCAUGUGAAAUAAUAUUUUAAAACUAAACUUUGACUUCAUUUAAUUUGACUGAAAUGUUUUCUGAUUGUAUAGGACAUCUAUCAGGUAAAGAAGUAAAAUAUAUUCAUAUUAAAGAAGUCAUUUAUUUACAUAAUAUAGCCCUAAAGUAUUAUAUGCCGUGUUUUCCUUGAUUUCCAUUACAUUUAAGGGUUUUUUUUCUGUAGGUCAAAUACUCUUAAGAACUAGUGUCUUAACUUUUGAUAGCUCAGUAAGCUGUUAUUGAGCGACGACAAAUGGAAUGGAAAUACGAUAGGCCACGGAUCGUGAAUGACUGGCACAUUGAAGAUUCAUCAUAUCAGCCCUUUAUCGUCCAUUACUAAGCAUAGGCCUCUCUUCUAGUACACCACUUCCUGGUGGUCCCAUUGAAGAUUGCAAUAAGAUAUGAAAUGAAAUGGUUCAUGAUCAAAGAUCAUUCAAGGUUAUUUCUCUCUCUUCUUCAUUUUGUACAAAUUUAGGCAAGUAUUUCAUAAGCUGUUCCAAGGAUGUGCGUCUUCUAAGGCCUCCCAAGUCUUAUAGCAGAAGAACUCUUUGAAGAGGCCAUAGUUCUCACAAAGCUCCUGUGACAGCUCGAGCUUUUUUUCUACACUCCAUAACACUAACUUUUUUUGUUACUCAUGUUUGUCUCACACUCAUUUAUUGAGAAAAUGUUUUUUUUUUCGAAUUUAACAAAAAUCGAUAUACCUGUUGAAUUUAACGGAAAUCGAAAAAAGCACAGUGUAUAGUAUCUGUGCCAUAGCUAUAUCUGAAUGCACAAGUUAAUGUCAUGUUGCAAAACAAAGAUGUUUAUCUGUCAUGAGGAGUUGUGAGGCUUGUAUGGUCGAGUUCACAAACAUCUUUACAGGGCAACAUGCCCAAUAUACAAUACAUACAAGUCUCUAUGACAAUGACAGUAAGAUGGUGUAUACAUAAUCUGGAAUGUUGACUUGUAAAUAUGUUUGUGACCUUGACUGUGCAAAGAGAUGCACUUGCAUCUCCUGUUAUUUAUAUCUACUUAUAUGUAAGGAAUCAAUGGUUAAUACCAGUUACACUAUAUAAUACAAUGUUAAAAAGCAAGCAGCAGCUAAUUGAGUUAUAAAAAUAUGAAUCAUCAUUUAUUUCAUCUCCUUGUUUGUUGAUACCUAAUAAACAAAUAUUUUUCAAUUCAAGAGUCUUAUUUCUUCAUAUUACAAGGUAUACCUGUUAUCUAGGCAAAACUAAGAUGGCCUUGUCCUGCCCACAACAUUCAUUGAAAUUUAAACCAAAUUAAAGAAUAGGGUACAGUUUCACAUCUGUAUUAUCCAAGCUUUUUAUCUAUAAUAAAUGGCAAAAAAAUAAAUUUCCUUUAAAUGAAAUGUCGCAUUAGACAGGACAAACAGAUACUUUUACUCUUUAGACGUAAGAACAAGACCCACAUUUAUAAACCAGACCAGCAUACAAAAUUUAUUGGUUGAAGAGGUGGGUAGAGAAGUGUGCAUCAGAAUGAAUGACCAAAGUGGCAGAUCGAUGUUGGAGUACCAUCAGCAUUUACUACCUAUUUGCUACUAUUUACUACCUAUAUUGACAUAUUUGCUACCUAAGUUA